CGCAUAUGAUUUGUCGUCAGUCCCCUGCCCGUCCGUCCGCACGGCGCUUAAAUCUUCACCCGCAGGCCAACGCUUCUGCCCCCCAAACCUUCUCCUCGUCGAUAGUUGAGUAGAGCGCUGCGCAGCUCGAUCUUGGUUGGUUGUUGGGAAGGGUCGCCGCCCCAUGCCUCCAACUCCUCGAUCUCCCCCGGAUGUGCUUCGCUUCAGCUAGCUAAGUCCCUUCUUCCUUUGAGAUUUUGCUACGAACAACCACCUCGAUCUGCUCUCGUGCUCAUCCGCCAAGCUCCGUGGUGCCAUACUGCCAUGUCGCUCACGGAGGUCAGCCUCCACUUCUGCUACCUCCACUCCCUCUCCAUCGUGCUCCUAUACUUCCUCUACGUGAUCUCCUGAUCGCCUCGGCCGCCUCCCGCCAAGCUCCGAUCGAACAAGGCUUUGGUUUGAUUCGAUCAGAGCCGAAGCACUAGUAUUAAUUACUCGAUGCUUGCUCCUCUUCGUUCUUCCAUGAUCUUGUCGUCCCGUUCUUCUCCCGGCCCUCUCCUGCUUUGCUGCUAAGUCUCAUACGUGCCUCUCCUAGCGCGUACUCCCACACCCGAUCGAUCAUUCGACUAGGAGCAGUGCGCGGCAGUGUUCGAGGAAGCAGGUAAGUGUUUCCCUUCUCAGGUAGUGGGAUGGUUCCACUGGCUGGCGCCCAGGGAGCGCGCCGCGCCGCGGUGGUCAUCACGGAGGAGGAGCGGCGGCGCAACCGCAUGACCUCCAACAGGCUGUCGGCGCGCAAGUCCCGCAUGAAGCGGCAGCGGCACGUGGACGACCUGGCCGCGGAGGCGGAGCGCCUGCGGCGCGAGAACGAGGCGAUGCGCGCUGGCGUCGGCGACGCCGUGCUGCGGAGCCGCGCGCUCGAGCAGGAGAACCGGGUGCUCGCCGCGCACGCGCGCCAGCUGUGCGCCGCGCUCCUGCUGCGCAACUCCCAGCUCAGCCUGCUCGGCGACGUCGCCGGCGUACCGCUCGACGUGCCGGGCGUGCCCGACCAUCUCGUGCAGCUCUACGGCGGCGUGCAGGUGCCAGUCAUGCCGCUCUCGCCGUCAGUCAUGCCGCUCUCGCCGUCGCCGCCGCCGCCCCUGCAUCUGCAAUUGCCGCUGGAGAUCCAGCUGAUGUUGCUCCAGCCCGACGUCAUGGACGCCGUCGGUAUGCUCGAGCUCUGAGGCGUGAGUGCAUUGAACUACGUAUACUGUUAUCAUGUGUCGUCGUUGGUGUGCAGUUUGCUAUUAUAUAAAUGCUCGCGCUUAGUUUGCUAUCAUGUGUUGUACUGCUGUAUCAUCUGAACAAGUUACUGUAAACGUGAUGUGUUAAUGUCGUCGGUGAGGUGAUCGAAGAAUAAAGAAUGUGUGUAAUGGUAUGUAUAAGUAAGGCUUGCAGAAAGCUCGAAAGUGAAGUGUAAAACCGUAUGUGUCUGUGGAGUGGACUAGUAUGUGCUAUGUUAUUAUU